AUGGAUCCGACAGGAAGGCAUAUGAUUGUGUUGCUUGUCUGGUCGGCUCUGGUGGUGGCGGCGGCGGGUCAAGACCAAUUAUCGCCGGUGGUGGAUGUGAUAAGAAAAGGCAGGCAGUCUAACGUAUUCCACCUUCAUAUGGUGAAUGGGCUCGAUGAAAUUAUCUUUGUGCGCUGCAAGUCCAAAGACACUAAUAUUGGGGACCAUUUCUUAGACCUUGGAGCUGAAAUCGUGUGGCACUUUGAGGCCAACAUUUGGGGAACCACACUGUAUUGGUGCUAUGCUGCGAAGGCCGGGGCCAAAGUCUCGUUCGAUGUCUUCUGGUCUGAAAAAACUCAGUGGCUCGGUGAGAGGUGCGGCGGUCGCGGAGUGUUAAAUCUUAUUUGGAUUGCAAAAGAAGACGGAAUUUACUUAAGAAACCUUACUAAGAAUGUCGAUGAGCUUAUUCAUAAGUGGAAUGAGUGA